GCUGCCCGCGCCACCAACUGUGGCUGAGAAGCCCCUGGCCGAAAGCAGGGUGAGACCCCCCCUGCCACCGCUGCCGGCCAAACGUCACCAGCUGGAAGGCAAGUGCCAGUCCCUGAAGACCCCCCCGCCGCCCAGCCGCCCGCCGGUGCUGCCCCCAAGGGCCGUGUCCCAGAGGAGCAUCCCUGCCAAAGAGGAGGUCCCCGUCCCCGACAGAGCACCCCUGACAGUCCCCCCAUCCCCGCCAGUCCUCCUUCCCCGCACGAAGCCACCGGCCCCACUGCCGCCGGAGCUGCCCUCCAAGGCCAACCUCCCCUUCGUGCCCGAGUUCGAUGACUCGGACUACGAGGACUCCGCCUGGGAGGAGGAAUUAGCCGGACCUGUGGGGGAGAUGGCCGACAAGGAGGAUGCUGAGCCCGUGACAGGGCAGCCGCGGUCCCUGCGCGCCAACAGCCUCUUCAGCGAGGACGAGCUCAUCGAGGAUUACUACGAUGCUCCCCCCGCCAACAGUGGCAGCAGCUGGAGUGACAACGGCCCCAGCCCACGCCUGCCCGCUCCCGCUUUCUCCGGCAGCAGCCCCGGCACGCUCGGCGACGGCAUGGAAGGCACCACCGCCACCGCCCCGCUCUCGCCCACCAUCAAAGUGGGGUGGCUGGACAAGAACCCGCCGCAGGGGUCCUACAUCUACCAGAAGCGCUGGGUGAAGCUUGACGCUGACUACCUCCGCUAUUUUGACAGCGAAAAGGAUGCCUACUCCAAGCGGUUCAUCCCCGUCUCCUCCAUCUCCCGCGUCACCAGCAUCGGGGACCAGAAAUUCGAGGUCAUCACCAACAACCGCAACUUCGUGUUUCGGGCUGAGAGUGACGCGGACCGUAACGAGUGGAUACGGACCCUGCAGCAGAUCGCGGAGGAGCGGAAGAGCAAAGCUCUGGAGAGGACACUGAUGUCCCCGACCACCAGCGGUGCCGCCAACCUGGCUGACAAGAGCGGCUUCCUGGAGCUGCGAGGGUUUAAGCACAAGCUGUUCGUGGCGGUGGCCGGGGACAAAGUUUUCCUCUACAAGAAUGCGGAGGACUAUCGGCUGGGGAUCGGCAUCACCUACAUCGAGAUGAACGUGGGGAACGUCAAGGAGGUGGACCGCCGGGGCUUCGAUCUCACAACGCCGUACAGGAUCUUCAGCUUCUCUGCCGACUCGGACCAGGAGAAGGAGGAGUGGGUGGAAGCCAUGCAGCAGUCCAUCGCCGAGGCUCUCUCCAACUCGGAGGUGGCGGAGAGGAUCUGGGCGGUGGAGUCCAACCGCUUCUGCGCCGACUGCGGCUCGCCCAAGCCCGACUGGGCCUCCAUCAACCUCUGCGUCGUCAUCUGCAAGAGAUGUGCAGGGGAACACCGGGGCUUGGGCCCCAGCAUCACCAAAGUCCGGAGCCUGAAGAUGGACAGGAAGGUGUGGACGGAGGAGCUGAUCGAGCUCUUCCACCAGAUCGGCAAUGCCGUGGCCAACCAGUUCUGGGCUGCCAAUGUGCCCCCCAGUGAGGCCAUCACUCCCGCCAGCAGCAGCCAGGAGAGGAGGCGCUUCCUCAUUGCCAAAUACCGGGAGGGCAAGUACCGCCGCUACCACCCGCUCUUCGGCAACCAGGAGGAACUCGACAGGGCUCUGUGCGUGGCCGUCACCACCAGUGACCUGGCGGAGACGCAGGCUCUGCUCUUCUGCGGGGCGGCGGUGACCUGUGCCACCGGAGACCCCCAGUGCCCGACGCCCCUGGCCCUGGCCGAGAAGAGCGGGCAGAGGCUGCAGAUGGAGUUCCUGCUCCACAACAAAAACUCCGAGACGCCGCGCCUGGAGGUGGGGGGCAGUGAGGAGAAGCCCUACUCGGUGCCCCUGCCCUCCGUCACCCACAAUGGCUUCCUCUACAAGACCCCCUCCAUGGCCAAACCCGUCAGUGAGCGGAAAGGCCAGGAAGAGUUCAGCCGGCGGUGGUGCACGCUGCAGGACGGCGUCCUCAGCUACUACGAGAACGACCGCAAUGCCAUGCCCAAUGGUGAGAUCAAGGUGGAGGAGAUCGUGUGCCUGGUGAACAACCCACCGAACGCCCAUGGGAUUGAGAGCACGUUUGAGAUCUACAUCGAGUCAGAGAGGCUCUACCUCUUUGGGCUGGAGAGCCCCGAUUCCGCUCGGGAAUGGAUCAAGUCCAUCGCCAAGUCCUUCGUCCAUCCCCGCGCCGAGGAGCUGCUGGCUCUCGACUUCGAGCGGAUCGGCCGGCUGCACUACAAGGGUGGCCUCAACCUGGAACGAGCCAAGGAGGGCUGGUUCGCCCUGGCUGGCUCCACGCUCCACGUCUGCUUCGAGGACAGCGAGCGGCAGGAGCCUCUCCAGCUGCGCAAGCUGCAGGAGCUCUCCAUCCAGGGAGACAAUGAGGUGCUGGUGCUGGUGGAGAGGCGGAGGACGCUGUACAUUCAGGGGGAGAGGAAGCUGGAUUUCCUGGGCUGGGUCCACGCCAUCCAGAAGGCUGCGGGCAGCGCGGGGGACACCUUGUCGGAGCAGCAGCUGACGGAGUCGGAUGUCCCGCUGCUGGUGGACCGCUGCAUCGACUACAUCACCCAGUGCGGGCUGACAUCCGAGGGCAUCUACCGCAAGAGCGGGCAGAACUCGAAGACCACCAGCCUGCUGGAGAUGCUGCGCCGGGACGCCCGCAGCGUCCGCCUGAAGGAGGGCGAGCACCAGGUGGACGACGUCGCCAACACCCUCAAACGCUUCUUCCGUGACCUCGGGGAUGGGCUCUUCACCGGGCGAUGGGGCCAGGACUGGCUGCGGGCAACGGCGCUGGAGGACGAGGAGGCAAAGAUCAGCGAGUACCGGAGGCUCCUGGGCACCCUCCCCACAGUGAACCGGGCCACGUUGAAGGCGCUCAUCAACCACCUCUUUCGGGUUCAGCGCUUCUCUGGGGAGAACCAGAUGAACACGCACAACCUGGCCAUCGUUUUCGGGCCCACGCUCUUCCAGACAGACGGGAAGGACUACAAGGCAGGACGCGUGGUGGAAGACCUCAUCAGCCAUUAUGUGAAGAUCUUUAACGUCAACGACCAAGAGAUGAAGAAGCAGCAGGACGAGAUCAUGGCCAUCAUGAAGAUGCGGGAGGCAGCAUCCAGUGGGACACAGCAAGCCGGGGACUUCAUCUGCACUGUCUACCUGGAGGAGAAGAAGACGGAGGCAGAGCAGCACGUCAAGAUCCCAGCCACAAUGACAGCUGAGGAGCUCACCUUUGAGAUCCUAGACCGGAGGAAAAUCGUCAUGAAGGAGAAGGACUAUUGGAGCUGCUUCGAAGUGAACGAGAGGGAGGAGGCAGAACGGCCCUUGCACUACUCGGAAAAAGUUCUGCCCAUUUUGCACUGCCUGGGAACAGAGAGCUACCUGGUGGUGAAGAAGCAGAUGUCCAUGGAGAACAUGCUCAUCUACCUCGCCAGCAGAGUGGGCGACUGCAAGCACGGCAUGAUGAAGUUUCGGGAGGAGAGGAACCUGCUGGGGCUCGGCCUGAGCACCGGCUUCCACGACCGCUACUUCAUCCUCAACCACACCUGCCUGCGCCUCUACAAGGAAGUGCGGAGCCACAAGCCGGAGAAGGAGUGGCCCGUCAGGAACCUGAAGGUCUACCUGGGCAUGAAGAAGAAACUUCGGCCCCCAACGUGCUGGGGCUUUACGGUCUUCUACGAGAACGAGAAGCACGAGAAGCAACAAUGGUACCUGUGCUGUGACACCCAGGCCGAUCUCCGGGAGUGGUUUGCCACCUUCCUCCACGUGCAGAACGGCGGGGCCCUGUGGCCCUCGGAGACCUCCAAGGUGCGGGCGUCGCGGUCGCAGCAGGACUCCAGGUUGGGUAACAUCUCCCUCAUCCCACUGCGGGGCAAUGAGAGUGAGAUGAGGAACAGUGUGGCUGCUUUUGCUACUGACCCGCUAACCCUCCUGCGAAACGUCUGAGCUGGAAGCCUGACACGCUGGGUUCGUCCGCAAGUGGGGCAGCCC